AAUCUUUCUCUGUGCUAUGUGAUUAUAUAAAAUUAAUUUUGUUUGAAUAUAGCGACAUGUAAAAGAGACUACAUUUAUAUAUAAUAAUAAAUAAACAAAUAUAUUACAUAUUUCAUUACUGUCAAUAUAAUAUUACUAAAAAUAAAAUUUUUGGAAUAAGUAAGAUGAAAAUUGGAGUCGUUAUAUUAUUAUCCUUGCUUGUAAAUAUUGAAUCUAAAAGAAAGCACCAUAGAAGAAGACACAAGCUUACUGCCAAUAACGAGGCUAGCGAAACCGUUCCGUAUAACUAUGCUUAUCCUACUACCUCAGUAGAUUCCCAUCAACUUACAUCCAGCGAUGCAAAAGCUGAAAAUGAUCGUUCUAAUGUUCAACCUGAUCAACAAAAAAUAUCAUGGAAAAACCACACUAUACCUUAUUUAAAAGAAUACAUGGAUGAAAUUGGUGAAGGAAAAGUCAAACAUCAUAACUACGAAUCUCUAACAUGGUUUAUGAAGUUUUACGCUGAAGAAUACCCUGAGAUUGCGAGGAUGUAUGAGAUAGGAACAACAGUCCAAAAUCGAAAAAUGUGGGUAAUGGAGAUCAGUGAUAAUGUUGGGUUUCAUGAACCAGGUGAACCUGAAAUGAAAUAUAUUGGAAAUGUUCAUGGAAACGAAGUAAUUGGUAGAGAGAUACUUCUUCAACUUAUAAAAUAUUUGUGUGAAAGUUACGGUAAGGACGAAAAAGUAACUGACCUGGUAGACAAAACAAGAAUUCAUAUAUUGCCUUCAAUGAACCCUGACGGAUACGAACUUGCUGCCGCAAGGAAAAAGAGCGAAAGUCCUGAUGUUACAGAAGAUGUAAUCGGACGUUUAAACGCAAAUGGAGUUGAUUUAAAUAGGAAUUUCCCAGAUCAAUUUUUUGAAUUGAAUACUGAAACAUUUGAACCAGAAACAGCUGCUGUUAUUUCUUGGAUAAAAAAAUAUCCUUUUACUUUGUCGGCAAGUUUUCACAGCGGAGCACUUGUUGUCACAUAUCCUUUUGAUGACUCUCCCUCAGGUCAAUCUGCAUACAGCGCUACACCUGAUGACGAUUUAUUUCGUCAAAUAGCUAAGUCUUAUUCUGAAAAUCAUCCACAAAUGCACUUAGCAAAUCCAAAAAUGAAUUGCACACAUGCACUAAAACGGUUCACAGACGGUAUCAGCAAUGGGGCUGCAUGGUCUUCACUUAAUGGAGGUAUGCAAGAUUAUAACUACGUGCGCUCAAAUUGUUAUGAAGUAACAGUAGAGUUAGGAUGCCAUAAGUUUCCAAGAGAAGAAGACCUCGAAUCUUAUUGGAGAGAUAACAAAAAACCAUUGAUAAAAUUUAUUGAAAUGGCUAGCAAAGGAAUUAAAGGUUUUGUUAAAGAUGAAAACGGUAACUCUAUAAAAGGAGCACGAAUUAGCAUUGGUGAUAGAAAACACGACAUUCGUUCAGCAGAAGAUGGUGACUAUUGGAGACUUUUAGUACCGGGAACCUACGAAGUUGAAUGUCGUGCUAAAGGGUUUCAUGCAGUUUCAAAAAAUGUUGAGGUAGGAACUGGUGAUGCUGUAUUUGUAAAUUUCACAAUGGUUCCAAAAGUGGAAGAUGAAUUGGAAGCAACUUUAGGACACGUAAAUAAGGCAACGUUCAUUACACACGAUGUGAUGUAUAGAUAUGAUGGUCGAGAUUCAGGAAACGCUGUUCCUAAAGAAGUUAUAAAAAAUGUUGAGGAACAACAAGCCGGACGCGAAGGAGUAACAGAAGUACACGAGGCAACAAACAGUGAAGAUAGUUUUGGAAGUGGUAGUGGGUUAGACGAGGCAACACAAGCUCAAAAACUUGCAGAAUCUUUAGCAAUUAAUACAGUACCCAUAUCAAAGUCAAUGCGCCAUUCGCACGCAGCUAAACGUAUUUAUGAGCGCGAAUAUGUUCCAAUUCCGAAAGAAAAAAGAGCUAAAAUUUCACGUCCUGAAAAAAAGAAAAUAAAAGUAGAAAAAAAAAACAAAAAAAGCUCAAAACCUAAAACAACAGCAAAAAAUCUGAUGGGAAUCAAAGGUGCAGCGAAUAACACAAACAAUACUUCUUCAAUUGAAAAACAACAAGAUCAAAAAAACGGCAGCAACGCCACUGAUAAUGAAAAUGUUCUAAAGGCCGUUGAGUCUAUGUUCCACAUUAAACCAUCUAUUGGAAUGCAUGUUAGAUGCAAAAUAACAGGAAAAUCAGAACCUAUUAAAGGAACUCUUAAGUAUAUGGGUCAUAUAAAAAAUCUUCCCAAAAAAAGCAAUAUAAUUGUAGCAGGGAUUGAACUUGAUCACGAAGAAGAUUUAGGAACGGACGGUACAUUUUUAGGUAAAAGAUAUUUUAUAUCUCCAAGUAAAAAAGGUUACUUUGUACCAAUGAAAAAUUGCAGCCCGGUAUAAAAACGCUGUUAGUGUGGUGUAACCAUACAAUUGUAACUAUGUGAAGUUUAAUCGUUAGGUGAAUAUUUGUAAAUAUUUUAUAAAAAAAAUACAAAAACAUCUUCACACAAAA